AUGCAUUCACGUGAUCUGAUGAUUAGUUCCGUUCUGUCUCCAGAUCUCUUCCAUUUCACGUUAAAAUCCCAUUCCAUGGCGAUCUUUCUACGCUUGACCUCCACUUUUCUUCCUCCUUCUUCUGCUUGUAAAAGAAAAAGAAAAAAGGGAGUAAUGUUAUCCCUCCACCUGUUCCUUCUUCUUCUCCUCUCCACCUGCCUCUGUACUUACUCUAACACUUCAGAUAAAGCUGUUGAUACGCUGCUUCGUCUUCUGCCGCAAGAGGAAGGGCUGAGCUCCGGCGAUCUCGGCGACGAUCCGAACGAGGCAUACUGCGAAAGCUGGCGCCUUUCAGUGGAGACGAACAAUGCCGGGAACUGGAAGAAGAUCUCUGCCCGGUGCUCGAGCUUGGUAGAGGCGUACGUUAGAGGGGCUCAGUACGCGCUGGACUCCAAAGUGGUGGCGCGGUUUGCGCAGGCCUACGCUAAGAAUAUCCAGAUCGCCGGCGACGGCAUGGAUGCCUGGAUUUUCGAUGUUGACGAGACCCUAAUUUCCAACAUUCACCACUACUUCGCCACAAAUGACACAGGUCGGGAGCAGUGGGCGGCUUCCACAAAGUCGCCAGCUUUGCCGUGGAGUUUGUGGCUGUACAAAAAGCUACAGGGAAUGGGGUUUCAGUUAAUCCUCUUGACUGGUCGAAAGGAAACCCACCGCAACUCCACUGAGCAAAACCUACUCGCUGUUGGGUAUCACUCGUGGGAAAAGCUCAUUCUAAGAGGUAAUUUGGAUUCGGGCAAGAGAGCUAUGACCUAUAAAUCAGAGAAAAGGGCUGAGUUGGUGGCUCAAGGCUAUAGAAUCCAUGGCAGCUCAGGGGACCAGUGGAGCGACCUUAUGGGUGAACCAAUGGCCAAGCGAUCUUUCAAAGUUCCAAAUCCAAUGUAUCACAUACCAUAA